GAGAAAGAGCAAUGGUGACACGUAGAAAUUGAAUAGUAGAACAGAACAAAGUUUAGCCCUACUCUAAUCGGAUUGAGAUUUCAAUUUUGAACAGAAAAACCUAAUGUUUCAUGGAUUCAAUGCGUCGCCAUUCUGAUAAGUUGGAUCGAGAACGAAGUCCCAAGAGAUAUAGAAGGGAUGUUAAGGAAGAAAAUAGAGGAGGAGGUGGCCACCAUAAUCAUAUGAAUCAUCAUGAGCCUCGCAAACAUUCUUCUCAACCACCAAGAUCUCGUUCUUAUUAUCAGCAUGAUGAACAAGGAAUUACUGGGCAGCUUGAUCAAAGCAGGGGUCGAAGGGAUGUUGGCGGAAAAGUCUUCACUCAGAGUAAAGAGAAUAAUGAAAGGGUGGAAAAAAGUCAAAGUAGAGAGCAAAGAGACGAGAAAUCACAGGGAAAACUGGAUGAUAAUUUCCGGAGAAGAAAUGGUUUUACUGAAAGAAAAGAUGAUCCACCUCCUACAGUGAGGAAAAGGCCGGCAUUUAGGGAGAAGAAAAUUCCAAUGGAUUCAGGAGAUGCUAAUCCAGCUCCAACAGUGGCAGUAAAGUCAAGCCAUACUGACUACCCUCAAGAAAGAAAUGAAAGCAAGGAGGAAAGGAGCAGCAAUCCUCAUCAUCUGGAUAAACCUGAGGGGCAAAAUGCAGAUGACAGAGCACUGAACAAGAGUGAAGUUAGGAGGGAUGGCUUUUCAUCAAGAGCGAUAAGGCAUGGGGGCAGUGGAGCCAAUAACAAUUACAGGGGAAGAGAUAAAUUUAAUAGGAGACAAGGUUAUCGUCCUAUUACAACACGAACAGAGAAGUGGAAACAUGAUUUGUAUCAAGAGGUUAACAAAGAUCCUAUUUCAAAGAAUGAGGAUGAGCAGAUUGCAAAGUUAGAAGCACUCUUGGCUUCAUAGUAUAAAACAGAAGCCAGUAUUUGCUUUUUUUUUUUAAUUUGAUUUUUUUUUUUUCAACUUGUGGCUUGUCGUACAAUUCCCAGAGAUGAUUUGCUUCACUUACCAGUUUCAUGAUUUCUGUCUCUCUCUGCUUUACGUGUUACCCUCGUAUUGCCGAAUCUGUUCUAUAUGAUAUCAAGUAGUUACUGACUUCACUCUGCUACGAUUGCCAGUUUCUGCAAAUGUUAACGACAGGGUCGAAUCCUAAUGACAGUGGAGGUAUAUAUUUUGAAAGUGGAGUAACUUGGUUAAGUUGGUUUCAUUGGGGGUCAGAGCAAUAUGCACCUACAAGCUUAUAUUACCUGUGAGAACGUGCCAGCACAACAUAAAAAGUAAAAUUAUUUUAUACAUCGACAGAGAAAGGGUAAUUCGCACAUUAUUUUGGUUUAAAUAUAAUGGAUUUAAUUUUAUAUACAUAACGCCAUUAGAUAAAUAUUUUGUACUGAUUUGGCUGUAACAGAAUAAAAGAAAAUUGUUUCUGUUCAAAAUCAAAAUCUCUUAACAUUCAUUGAAGCAGUCAUUACAAUUGAUCCCCUAGAAAUUAGGUUACAAGAUCAGGAGUAUACACAAUUAUAUUACAAAUGAUAGUCACCCAUCAUCUUAAACAAAUGAAUCAAACCGUAAAAGAAACACAUAAUAUCUUAAAGUCCCAGAAGACUAUAAAUAAUUGAAGAUUGAACAAUCCUAUGAUGUUAUCACUUGCGAUUGCGAAUGUUGUUGAAAUUAUUAGUGGGUUGGGCAGC